AUGCUAAAGAAUAUGAUGGAAGAGAAGCAGUUAGAUCUUAAUCAGCCACUUCUGUCUGUGAGACGAUUUUCACCUACAGCAGUCACCUUCGAAGCUGAUGACAAAAGGAAGACUGAUAAGUCAAUACCCAAACUUCCUCCUCUUCCCUUUUACAAAUCAGAACUGAAAUCAGGUCCAGUGGGGCACCCAGGUACUGUUCCUUUUGUAUGGGAGAAAGUCCCGGGAAGACCCAAGGAUGAAAGAAAUUCACAAACUCGGGGUCUUGAACAGCCUCCCACUACGCCAAGGCUUCCACCUGGAAGGGUUUUGAAUGCUAAGAAGCAAGCAUUGGAUAAAUGUUCUAAACGCACUACAACUGCUCAGUCCCCAACUGGAAAUGUACAUUCUGAUUUUAACAAUGUUUCAACCUUUGAUACAAAAGAAGUUACCAAGUGUGACAGCCUUAAAGAGGGGAUGGAUGAUAAGGAUAUUGCUGAUUCAGAGGAUGGUGAUGAGACCUAUUUAGAUGCACCUGACACACUUUCGAGGAGUGAAUCAUUCUAUUAUAACUGUAGUAUAAGUGGUUUGAGUGGACUGGACGGUCCAGAUGCCAAACCAUGUGGAACCUUCUCAACAGAUCCACAGACUCGUGACUUCAUGAUGGGUCGGUUCUUGCCUGCAGCAAAAGCAAUGGUUUCAGACACACCUCAAUAUGCUACCAGGAAGCAACCAGUUGCACGAGAGCAAGCAAUUUCUCAAGAGCAACCAAGAGGGAUGAAGAAGGUAGCGAGCGGGGUUAAGCAACAUCCACUUAAUCAAUAUAGGCCAAAUGAUUUGCCACAUAAUGUUCAAGAUAUAGCUGGGGCAAAAGUGAGAAUGAAGGUGAUUAUAUAA